AUGUCCAACGAAGAGCUGCAGAGCGCAUUUGGCCAAGAAGACCAUCAGGCGGCAUUCAUCUUCCACCCCGAAGAAGAUGAACCACCGCGCCGCGAAAGGCCACCAAAGAGACGCAAGACAGCCCGUCGCUCUGCGGUAGCUGAGGAUGAUGAUGAAGAGGAUGAAGACGCCUUGCGUUCAUCGUCGUCGUGGUUUGCCCCGUUGCUGGGUGAGAGCAUGGCUUGUAUGCGGCGGAGGGAGAGGCUGCUGGAGGAGAAUUGGGCCAUGGUUGAUGCUCGAAUACAGGAGAUUUUGAGGGAUUCGAAUUCUGCGACGUUGGAUGGGGUGUCACGCUUUGUUCGGGAGGCGAAAUCGGAGUGCGGCGACAAGAUACCGUCUGCCUUCAUCAUCACGGGACCCAACAUUGCCUCCCAGGACUUGCUCUUCGAGCAGCUGUCCGAUUCCCUCCAGCGGACGUCCACCAGCAAGUUCAUCCGGCUGCGGUCCUCGGAAGCGACCAACUUGAAGAACGCCCUGAAGAAGAUUAUUCAAGAAGCCACCUCCAAGUCGCUGGUAGUCGACGGCGAGGAAGACUUGCAGCUUGCACAGGGCUCGGGCCGACGCUACCUGCCGUAUGAUCUCGAGGCGCUGCGUGUCUUCCUGGAGCAUCAGCCGCAGGAGAAUAUCUUUGUGGCGUUCCAGGAUAGUGAAGGGUUUGAUAGUGGGUUGCUGUCUGAUAUCAUUACCCUGCUUAGUUCAUGGCGGCCGCAGAUCCCUUUCACUCUCCUCUUCGGUAUUGCUACGUCCAUUGAUCUACUGGAAAGUCGUCUGCUCAAGGCAGCGUGCCGGUUGAUUUACGGCGCGCAGUUUGAUUGUGUGCAGACGGAGACUAUUCUGGAGAGCGUCUUCAUGGGCGCUGUGGUCUCCAGCGAUGUUCCCCUGAGGCUGGGGCCGCAAAUCCUUCGGGGCAUGCUUGACCGCCAACGAGAUCAGAUGGCGGGUAUCCAGGCAUUCAUCAGCUCGUUGAAGUACGUUUACAUGUGCCAUUUUUACGCCAACGCACUCAGUGUCUUAAUGGCCCCCGAAACGGAAAAGGAGGAAAGAACCCUUCAAUCUGGGCAUCUCGAAGCGCUGCGGCAUGUUCCCUCGUUCCGGCAUGAGGUGGAGACGGCAGUUGAGCGUGCAACCGCCGAUAGCCUUGAGCAUGCGCGCUUGCUGCUAGAGGACGACGAGUAUCUGCUCGCGCAAGCUCGGGCCAGUAAUGAGCGUCGACAGGAUUGGAUGGAUAACCACCUACGCUUACUCCUGGUCAGGGAGGCCGCCGGAGCAAUUCAGCCCCCAUUCUCACGGGCGUACGUCGAUUCACUCUCUGCGGCUUAUCCCGCGUCUGGAAAUGGCAGCUUGACGGAACACAUCCGACGGAUGGGCUCGGGCGCACUCGCCAGCAUGCUACGUCGGGUCAUCUCUAUAUUCAAGGAGGGAGAAUCGAGCGUCCAGCUGAAGCCUGCGUCAAAGGAGCGCGACACCUCCCUACUGAGCUUCCUGGAGGAUACGCUCGCCCGCCUGGAGAAGCUGGACGCAGACGCAGAGAGCGCGGGCAUGACGCUGCACACGAAAUACAGCAGCCAGAGCAAAGUGAUGCGGACAACCGUCAUCGCGCAGCGCGUCCAGCUGAGCCGCGACUCGGCAGCCCUCCGCGACGAGGACAGGCAGUUGACGGCCAUCGUGGACGCCGUGUCAGAGCGGCUGACGGCUCACUUCGGGCCAAGACGCCCCGAGAGGGAGCUCUUCUCGGAGGCGUGGCUGUACGACAGCAGGUCGCCUCUGCGGGACGUCAUGGUGCCACGGCCGCGGGUGACGUUCAGGCGCAGCUUGGCGCGGCCGUACGACUACCUCUCCUGCGGCUGUUGCAGGGGCGGCGGAGACGACGAUGCCGGUGCCGGUGCUGGUGCCGGUGCUGGUGCUGGUGCUGGUGCUGGUGGUGUUGUGCAGCCGACGCUUCCCGCCGUUUCGAUCUUGUACCACUUGUAUCUUGAGGCGGGGAGCCUGAUCAACGUUGCUGAUUUGUGGUCAGCGUUCUACGCGCUAGACGAGCGGAGGGCGCUGGUGCAGUUCUAUCGCGGCUUGGCCGAGCUCAAGGCCAUGGGGUUCGUCAAGAGCAGCAAGAAGAAGGCGGACCACAUUGCAAAGGUGAGGUGGCUGUGA